CUGACAACGCAUCAAAAUGACUACAGAUUUUUUAUUUCCUAAAAUUGCGGAUUGCUCCUAUGUGUCCUGUUACUGCGAAGAGAACGUUUGGAAGUUAUGUGAGCAGGUUAAACGCACGCGCCCUGAGGAGUUGAGCAAAUGCUAUGCAGUAUUUGUGUCGAAUGAGGGGCGAACUGUACCGCUCUGGCGCCAAAAAGCCGGACGUGGCGAUGAUCAAGUUGUGAUAUGGGACUAUCAUGUCUUCUUUAUGCACAAUCCCUUGCCAAACCGCUGUUUGGUAUUCGAUUUGGAUACCACACUACCAUUUCCCACAUAUUUUCAUAAAUACGUUACAGAGACUUUCCGGUCCGAUCUCGCACUGCGACCGGAACAUCACAGAUUUUUCAGAGUCAUUCCCGCAGAUACAUAUCUAAUUGAGUUCUCAUCGGAUCGUCGACACAUGCGUCGACCAGAUGGUAGCUGGAUUAAGCCGCCACCGUCAUAUCCACCCAUUCUUUCGAACACUAACUUGCAUUGUUUGGGUGACUUCAUAUGUAUGAGCGCUGGCAAAGGCCCAGGUGCCGUUUACAGCCUCUCCGAGUUUGUGCAAAACUUUUAUAAAUCGCCGCAUGUUGGCGUGCAGCAGAACAAGUAAAUUAUCAAUAACCACAUAUAUACAUAUACUGACAUUAGCUUAAAAAAAUCAUAACUAUGUUAGAAAGUUUGUGUUAAUGUCAAACUCGAUGUCACAAACGAUAUACAUUCAAUCACAAAACAGUUAAUUAUAAAUUGCAUACAUAUUAUAUAUACUUAUAUACAUAUAUAACAC